GCGUGCAGCGUGCAGCGUGCAGCGUGCAGGAGGGUUAAGGCCCUCCUUUCAUAUUUUUGUUCUUACUCAUCGUCUUUUUCCUCAGUUAUGCCCGGAGCUGGCGUGCUCCACUGCUUCCACCACGAUAGGAGUCUGAGACUCCACCGUUAAUUCAGGACUGCGAUAACCUGUGAUGAAGACCCCCACUUUCCGAACCAUCUUCCGUUGCACGGCAUCUUCUUCUAUUAACCCGUCUCCGUAUUUCCUCUCUUAUCACUGUUUGUUUUUCUAUUCAAGCAGCACUGGAGAAUCUCAGAAGAGGAGGGCUGGAAUCUCCCACCAUUCUUCUUCUUCUUCUUCUUCUUCAUGGAGACACCACGACGAAGAGAGCAGGAACGUGAAGGUUUCGGUCUGGUGGGACUUUGAGAAUUGUUCCGUACCUGCUGGGACAAACGUUUUCAGAGUGACCCAGAGAAUUACUUCUGCCCUUAGAGCCAAUGGGAUAAAGGGACCCGUCACAAUCACGGCCUUCGGGGAUGUGCUGCAGCUCUCAAGAUCGAAUCAAGAGGCUCUCUCUUCCACUGGGGUCUGCCUUAAUCACAUUCCUAACGGUGGGAAGAGCAGUGCUGAUAGGACUCUGCUGAUUGACCUUGUGUAUUGGGUGUCUCAAAAUCCUCCACCUGCACACCUCUUUUUAAUUUCGGGGGACCGGGAUUUUGCAAAUGUUUUGCACCGGCUGAGAAUGAAUAACUACAAUAUAUUGCUUGCAAGUACAGACUCAGCACCAGGAGUUCUUUGUAAUGCUGCCAGUAUUGUGUGGCAAUGGAAUGCUCUUGUUAGAGGAGAGGGCCGUACUGGUAAGCAUUUUAACCAACCUCCAGAUGCUCCCUAUGGUUCUUGGUAUGGCUACUAUAAGGGACCACUGGAGGACCCCUUCUCAGAUAUAGAACAGCCUGCAUGUUUGUGGCCUGAAGAGUCACCAGAAGCUGGAGUAGAUUCCAUGAUUCGCCCAGUUCCCAGGGCCUUUCUGAAUCGAAUUCGUCAAAUUUUGAACUCCUACCCAAAAGGAAUCCCUAUUACAACUCUUCAUGCAGAGCUGGUAAAAAGUAAUGUGGCUAUGGAUAAAGAUUUCUUUGGACACAAAAAGUUCUCUCGCUUGCUUCUAUCUUUGUCUACUGUUUUGAAGCUUCGACCUGCGGGUGAUGGCCAGUUACUAGUUUAUGGUAUCCAGCCAAACAGUGCUGAGCCAGUUGAGUCCAAAUCCAACAUAUCUAUAGGGCCGGAAACUAAUGAUGGAGAUAGGGACCAAGUUGUAAUUGUGGAACGAAAUGGUGGGGAUAGUGCUAAGACUCCAGAUGUGGAUGGGAAAUCAUCGUCUAUACCACAAGCAGCUCCACUAAAAUUUGAAGAGCCUCCUCCAGUUGGUCAGAAAGAGAAUAAUGAGCCCAUGAACAUUAGUCAUCAUGCUAGUGUGGAGAAACAGGAUUUAACUUCUGAACUAGGAAUUUUCCACAGAAUCUGUAGGACAUUGUUUGGUCAUAAAAAAGAGGGUAGUAAUGAGAAAGGAGAUAGCAUUCCAGGUUCUACAUCUGAUGGCUCUAAGAGGACAAAUAUUGAGGAAAAUUUUUUGGAAUCAGUUACCUGUCCGACUUCAGCCAGUUCUUGUUCACCAUCAUCAUCAAUUGCUACUCAAUCAGCUCAGGAUGAGAAUUUAGGCAAGGAUUCUGGAGAAAGUGAUGAGAAAUCUGGCCAAAGCAUAGGGCUAUUCAACAAAAUUGUGACUUGGUGCAGAUUUUGGAGAACUAGUGGAAAUCCUGACAAUAAUGACACGGAGAAAUUUUGCAAAGAACUGAAGAAAAGGAAAGAAUUAUUCUCCCAGGACUUUUUCUGGGCUGAGAUAGAUUUAUUUAUAAAAACUUCUAAAGGUUCAUCCCUCAUUUUUCAAUCGAAGACCAGAGAACAGAUGGCAAAAAUGCUGCAAAAGGAAGGGCCGGUGGUUCUUAAUAAUCUGAGUGAAAAUGAUCUCCUUCAGUUGGUUGACUUGUUAAUUUCUCAGAAGAAAUGGGUGGAGGAAUGCCCCUCACAAACUUAUCCAUUUAAAGCCAUUCGUCGUGCUAGUACAGUACCCUCUCAUCUUCCUGGUUCAAAUAGGUUGAGUUCUUUUUUGGAUAAGCUGUCUCAGUCUCAGUCUCAGUCAAAAUUGCAAGGACUUCCAGAACAUGGGAUGGAAAAAAAAGAUCAGAACCAGUUUCAGCCUGCAGCAUGUUCAACUAAAAGCAACAAGAAGCCUUCUGGUACUGGGAAGGCCAGACAUGAGAUACUAGCUGAUUGCCAGAAGCUUCUGGCUGAGAUUUUGGAGGAAUACCCAGAGGGAUUCAAUAUGGGAUCAUUCGGAAAGUUGUUUGCAGAGAGGUAUGGUUACGUUCUUGAUUAUCAAAUGCUUGGUUACUCAAAACUGGGGGCCUUGUUACAGGUGAUGCCAGAGGCGAAGAUAGAGUCAACUUAUAUCCUACCUGCCAAAAAAGCCUCAAGAUAUCCUGGCCCAGACACCACCACAUUUGCUUUAAGCAUGGAGAAUGAUCGAAUUGUAAAGUCAAGUAACUCAGAGGAUGAACCAUCUGAUUCAGCAAGGAAGGACAAUGAUCGUGAAUCUGUGUGGGAGGAACUUGGUCCAAUAUCUGAGACAAGUUCUUACAGAAAUGACAAUGCAUCAACAUUCAAUGGGGAUUCGAAGAAACAAAUGAAGGAAAAACUGGAUCUUCUUGAUGAUUGUUUAUCAGAUGAUGAACUUUCAGACUGGGAAGUUGAGAAUGUCACAUUAGAUCAGUCAGAGAGGCUAAGGAAGUCCAGGAAAUGCGAGGAAGAGAGUUCCCUACUGCAGAUUCUUGAUUCGUGGUACAGCAGUAAGGAAGAUAGUGGUCAUAAUGAUUGGUCACCGAAGGUUGAAGAGAUUGUGGAUUGUUCCAGAAUUGAUUCAAAGCCUUCAAAUUCAUCUGGGGUUGAGAUGAAGAAUAAUGCUCCUGUGGCAAAUAGUCGGCACAAAAUAAGGCCUAUAAAGAAAUAUUCUUUUGUUUCAGAAGCAGUUGGUGAUGCAAGGAGAAACUAAUUGAUAACAUAUUGGGUGGUUUAAAGAAGUCGGCUGAGACCAGAAUUCUGGGAUGAGACUCCAAAGAUCUGGAAGAAAAAUUAAUGGCUAGUUACUGUUUCCUUGACUUGAGAAUUCAAAAUUAAAGCAGUCUGAUCAGAGGAAGACCAAUGGGAGUCUCCAAUCUUGGGAAUUCAACAAUCUUAUCACAAAUGAAUGUGGCCUGUGGACAUAAAUUGUUUACUAUUGGUUUAAGUUUCCCCAAGAGACAAGUCCACAAGUAGAUCAUAGGAGGAAUUUACAAAUUCAAAGUUUUGAGAUUUCCAUUGUACAGAAAUUGUAUUUGUUUUUGCCUUCUUUCCCCUUGCAAGUUGCAGCUGGAAAAUUCGAAUGGAACUGUAAAGAGGGUGGUGGGUUCCCUGGCCUCACAGGAAUGGAACGGUUCUCUUAAUGCCCUUUAA